AUGCAUACACCUUCACUAUUUGUGGCCUCCGUGGCUGUCCUUUCUACUCUAACUAGUGCCGAACCAGACCGACCCAAAUUCUAUUACCCUCGACAAAUCAAGCGUCAAGUCUUUCAUAAUUCGACCUUCUCGACUGUUCCUGCGAAAUCGACUUCUCAAGAGUCUCUGACGUCGAGCUCGUCAAGUUCUUCGUCUUCGACAAAGCGAUCAACGACCUCUUCAUUGUCGGAUUUCUUGGGGUCAAUUACAGGUACCAGCACGAACCAAGACACGACUUCGUCUGGAUCUUCGUCGAGUUCAAGUUCGAGUGCAGGAAGUUCAGCGGGGACGACGGGAGCAAGCAAUGGGGACAGCUUUCUUUCGUCGUUGUUAGGCCUUUCCACCAGUUCGACAUCGAGUGUAGAUGGAGUGACUACGGUUAUCAUUUCCCAGACGACAGUUGUUGCACCCGGUUCCACUGCGGCAUCAUCGACGACAGAGGCGGCUGCUGCUACAAGUGUUGGAUCAACAGGAGCUGUUCCAGAGACGAUCAUCCAACCUACGGUUUCGUCGACUAGUGAUGGGAGCGCAUCCUCGCAAGUAUCUUCUGCAGCAUCUACAGACUCUGUUUCCGAAUCAAGCGAAUCGUCAGAAACUGUGGCAUCAGUUGCCUCGACCGCAUCUGUGCCAGAUGUUGUGGUCCAGCCUACUGUUUCAACGAGUGACGAUUCAUCUUCGUCUUCUGUUGCUUCUACUGGAUCGGUACCUGCAGUUGUCGUCUCUCCUACGGCCUCUACGGCUUCGGCUGCUUCAGUUGCAUCCACAGGCUCAAUUCCCUCAAUUGUCGUUUCUCCAACCGCCAGUACGGCCAGCAGUGAUGUAUCUUCAGCGACAUCCUCGUCCUCUGGAAGUGCUAUUACAUUCGGUCCAGGUGGAGUAUUGGGAUCAUCUACAACUUCCACAGACCCAGUCACCUCGUCUGCCGCCAGCCUGAGCUCCGGAGUCUCUUUCACAGGAACUGGGGGAUCUACAGCUCCAACAGGAACGAGCACGGAUAGCGAUGCUGGAAUUUCUUUCACAGGUUCAGGUGGAUCGACAGCUGCGGCCUCUACAACUGCCUCCGGGGUCUCGUUUACUGGAACAGGCGCAUCGACCGCACCAGCUAGCACUUCCACUGAUCAAGGCUUCCUCCCAUCCCUUUUGAGCUCAAUCUUGUCGGGAGUCAGUUCAGAUGUUUCCUCGAUUGUUGCAUCCACGACUUCAGCCGAUCCAGCUACGACUACAGAUUCAGGCACAUCCGCAAGUGUAAGCGCUUCGACAGCAACAUCGGCAAGUGAUUCAAUUCUCCCUGCAUCUACGGCUUCAGGAACCGAUUCAGCAGUCACUAGUGCAAGCGUUACCGACUCUAGCGCACCCUCGUCUACUUCGGCUACUGGAAUCUUGCCUUCUUUGUUGUCAACGCUUACUUCAGACCUCUCGUCUGUUAUUUCCAGUCUUACACCCACCUCUACGGCAGAUUCUUCACCAGCCUCCUCCCCAGUGAUUGCAUCCACAGCCUCAACGGCCUCAUCGGAUGUUUCGAGCCUUCCAAACACGACAAGCGAGACAGGAGUGGACAGCUCAGCUCCUUCAUCUACGUCAGGAGUUUCUGGUCCAGCAUCCACUGGUGUGACGGUCACGCCCACCACAUCGGCCGUGGUGGUUUCCACGCCACCAUCAUCUACAUCGACUACUGAUCUUGGAAGCAUCAUUUCUAGCAUCUUCGGCUCAAGCAGCACUGGUUUGUCUGUCCCCCCGAGCUCGAGCACCGAUGUUGGAACCCCAACGAGCUCUGUAUCAAUUGUUGUCCCUACCACCACCCCCUCAUCUGUUUCGACCGAUAUUACCUCCCUCCCACCUACGAGCAGCGACACCGCCACCGUGGUCCCACCACCACCAACCAGCAAUACCACGAUUGUAUCGGCUACUUCCCCACCAACGACUGUCCCAACCAGCGAUGUAUCUCCAACUUCAACUCCUACCGUGAUCUCAGCAACCACACUGGGCAAUUCUACAGCCGUUUCCAGCCCAACUGGCACUGCUUCAGUAAGCCUGACUUCUCUCUCGGCUUCCACGGCCUUGUCAGGAUCCUCAGCAAGCUCCGCGACCCAGACGGCCUCAAAUGGCACUGUUAUUGCAUCGACCACUCCAGGAUCGACGGCGCCAACAAGCUCGGGACUCGUCACUCUGACCAGCUCGGCUGCGACGACAACAGCACCAGAGACCAUUGUCCCUACCGGUACAAACAGCGCGACUUCUAUGUGGCUCCCAUCGACUAUUAUUGCGGCAUCUUCACCAACCCUUCCAAUCGGAGCGUCUUCUACCUCUAUCCAAACUGGUGUACCUUCCAAUCUGCCAAAGGUUAUUUCAAAUCCUAAUGGUACCGAUGCCCCUCCCGAGACGAGUCUUGUCCAAGUAGGAUUCCUCUAUCCAUUGAACUAUGACUUUGUUGUUGGCAACCCGUUGUCGUCUGCCCAGAUCUUCCAAUACCUUCCUCAAGGUGUUGCAGAUGGUCUAGGCCUCAAGCCGAACCAAGUUGUGAUGAGGAGUCUCAUUCCUUUGGACACCACUGAACAACUCGGCUUCAUUACCACCCUGGCACAAAUGUACAUCCCCAGCAACAUGGUCAGCACUCUUGGCCUGGACCUCCAUAUCCCUACUGCUGCAAUCUACAAUAAUCCGGAUCAAAGUGUGAACACCCUUGUCAACUACAUCAACCCAGCCAUUCCUCUCACAGGUGGAUCCAUCCUAGGGUCAUCUGGCUCUACAGGAACUGGCAGCAGUAGCGCAGCAACAUCCACCUCUGCUUCCAGCGGUGGCAACAACAACGUGUUUGAUCCUCAAUCUGGCACCACAUCUUCCAAGGUUAGCGGAACUACUGCUGGUAUUGCUCUGGCCGCAGUUGGAGGAUCAGCAGCUUAUGGUGUUGCCAUGUUCUUGGUUGCAAGAAGGUACAAGAGGCGCAAGACAAGCCAUCGUCGAUCCAGCUCUGUCAUGAACCCUUCAGAGAUGAGAUCAUCGGGUAGUCCGGCACUGAUGGGUGGAGCUUUGAUGUCUGGAGGCCGAUCGACUCCUGGUAAUGACAGAAACAGCAGAGGGAGCGGACGGACAGGCAACUCUGCUAGAACGGCGCAAAUCUCAGCCCCCAUGAUGGCAGAGAACUCUCUCGGCUGGAACUGA